AUGCCAUUCUCCUCUUCACCAGAUCCCAUUCUGGUCUGUGAAAGAGGCCCACACGAGCCUCGGCACCUCGAGACAGGCAUCCGGUUGCCUGACAAGCGCUAUCUUCUCUUAAAACCAGCCUCCCUCCCCCCGUCAGGCUGCCCCAAUUCCGCCCCACUUCUACUCAGCUCAGCCCCUCCUCCUUCUCCGUUCUCCGGUACAUCUUCUCCCCUCCCCUCCCCCACCCUCCGAUUGCUUAGACAGACUCAUUUGCCUGCCAAUAGCGAAUUGUUCACAUCUCCCUCGUACUCCAAAUGA